AUGGGGGGGGAGACAAUCAAGCCACUGUACCCAAGGCCAUCUUUAAUCCACUUUAUUCUUCCCCUUCGAGAUUGCCAGGGCCAUGCGCUACGUCAUUUCCCUCCCCCCGGAGACGGACCGUCGAACACCAACGAGUCCACUUUUUUGGCUUGUCAUCCACUGGGCGAUCUCGCAGUUCGGUCGGCGGGUACUGACGCCAACUCCCAGACUUCCACCCACCCCCCCGUUCGCUCAAAACCAAAAGAGGGUAACGAGACCAACGGUGAGAGGACCGCUCCGGGCAGCCACGGGCUCUGUAUGCACAUUCAACUGCGACUUCGAUCACCAAGGCCUCUCAUCACCUUCCUCCGUGCGCAUCAGGCACCUCUUCCCAUCCGUCAAUCGCUCCUCUGGCCAUCGAUGGUCCUGCAACCCUCGGCUUCAAGGACCACACAAUUCAUCCUCUCCCGAACGCGCACCUCACAGCGACCGCGGGUGUCCUCGAGCGAGUUGGUCCAGGGCCGGUUCCUCGUCAACUCUGACAGCACAGACGUCUCUCACGUCUAA